ACGGUGCUAACAUCCUGGUCAGAAGCACUACACAUGGCCACCGAGGGUAUGCUCUCCCUAAAAUCAGCAUCGGUCAUAUACCCACGCCACUGGACAAGUAGGUCUUGCGUUCCCCAUCCGUCACCUAAUCCGCCUCCAAUACCCACGCAUCCCCCCCACAUAAAGCUGGGCGCCCCCCACCCAGUCUUCGGAGACUCCCCUUGGACCCAGCAGAGCCGAGGCUGCGGCCAACCUGGGGACUACAUCUACCUGGGUGUGGGAUUCCUCGAAGCCGCCAACAGCUCCGCGAGUCACGUCUCGAGGGCGGCCAGUAUCUUAGUCGGGGAAUGGGGCAAGUACCGCUGGGGGCUAUUUUCGGAGGCCGGCCACGCGGGAGACCGCCUCUACACGCCCUUGUACCGUCACGGACAGCGGUGGGAGGCGUCCGUCUGCACGGACGUCCGGGUGCCCUCGCCCAUCUGCCAUCCGGAUCACGCCCACCACUGUGCCUGGCCCCCGGAGGCGCACAGGAAUGCGACGUCUUCGCUGCUGUCCUUGCCUCACCUUCCUCAGGUCACAAAAUUCUGUGAUUCAAAGAGCCACAACCAAGAAGCCCCGACGAAGCAGAAUGCUUUAUGUGACGGUCUCUCUGCCUGGGAGGUUAUGAAAAGGCACAGCGACUUUGGCGAAUCUCGAUCUCGCAGGCCUUCAGCAGGGUACCUUUCCCCGCAAAUUCACUUUAUACGUAAGCCAACGCAGAGGUUCAUACUGCUAGUCGAGGACACUACCGUUAUGAAUGUUCAGCGCCGUUGGGAGUUCGUCAGGAAGGCGAUACGUCGCGUCGUCGUCUACGACCUCCCGAAUGGUGCCGAGGUGGGCGUCGUGGUCUUCAAUGCCAUAGCCAAACAGGCGGCCCAGCUCUUCAUGCUGGAGACGACUUCGUCGGACCUUCGUGAGCGAGUGGGGUCCUCCUUGCCUCGAAAUCCUUCGACGGCCCGCUCCAGCCAAGCCUGCAUCGCCUGCGGCAUCCGGAAGGCCAUCAGCAUCCUGCAGGAGGCGAAGGCCUCCACACAGGAAGCCAACAUAGUCCUCGUGACCAGCGGAAGCCACGCCCGCGAGGCGGAGGCGGAGGAGGUGAGGCAGAUCGUCCUCGAAUACGGCCUCCGCCUCCUGCUGGUGCUGUAUCCCCUGACGGAGAAGCCGGGACUCCCCGCCCCAGAUCAUUCCCUGGUCCCCAUCUCCAAGGAAUCCGGAGGGAGAGUUUUCACAGUCAUGGACGAGGGCGUGGGAAUCGAUUCGAAGGUGAGCAUGCUGGUCUCCCUCAUGGAGGCCCUGACUGCAGCAGUGGCCGCCGGGGGCGCCGUCACGCCCGUUUUAGUCCACAGCGCCACCUACAAGGGCGGGAUCGCUUCCCUCAGCACGGGCGCCUUCUCCCUGGACGACUCCGUGAUGGCGCAUGCGCGCUUCGCCAUCUACUACUACGACCUGAACCACGUCGGGAACACCAUUCAUCUGACGUCGCCGUCAGGAGCGACCUUCGCCUCCGUCAACAUGCAGGAGGAAGACGGAGACGUGAAUAUGAUCUUCGUGAACUUGCACAACGCGGAGCGAGGCGUGUGGAGAUACAAGGUGGAGAACCGCGCCGACUCACACCAGGCCCUCCACAUCCAGGUGACGUCACACCCCAAUUUAUCUAGUGACGUCGUGGUGCGUGUUUGGACGAACCAAGACACCAUCAUUAACAUCGACGAGGAACAGCAGAACCCCAUUAUCCUCUACGGGGAAGUAAAGAUCGGCGGCGCGGCAGUCAUGAAUGCCGGAGUGAUGGCCACGUUACAAAGAUUAGGAACCAACGAGACAGGUGGUACCUACUCACCUGUGCGGGUACCUCUUCUUGAUUUGGGGACUGGAGAACCGGAUAUCACCAGAGGCGACGGAGUCUAUUCCCGCUACGCCCCUCCACUGGAAGGCCCCGCCCGCUAUUCCCUCUUGCUGUCCGUCGACGCCGAGAAGGGCGUACUGGCUUUGGCCCAGGCACACUCCAGAGACCACGACCUGAGGCAUCACAGGCACACCUUGGCUAAGGAGCUGGUCUACGGGGAAUACGCCGACGGUCACGGCUGGAUCACCCCCUCCUGCUGCGGGAGCGUGGUGCCCUUCGCCCACACCCGUCAGUCACCGCCCUUCACCCGCCAGAUUACGGGACCGACGCUUGAUAUUCGGGAGGGACACCUCCUCCACCGCGACAGAGUGCCUCCGGCGAGAAUCGUGGACCUGUUAGCUUGGGUCAACACCAGCAGCGGCGGGGUGGUCCUCGAGUGGACCGCCGUGGGCGAGGACAGGGACUGGGGGCGUGCCCACGCCUACGAGGGCUUCGUAGCCACGACGAAGUCGCAGGCGGCGAAGAAAUGCACCGGGGAACAUAUCCGUGAGCUGCCUGCUCCCGCCACGGCUGGGACGCGCGAGAUGGCCAAAGUCAAGAUUACUCUGCGUGAAACUGUUCUUUGGGUAUGCAUCGUGGCUGUCGAUUCCCAGGGCAACAAAGGACCUCCUAGCAAUCCGGCCGCCCUUCUUCCGCCCAGCACUCCUAACACGGAUCGUAUAACCAUAAGGGCGAGGGGACAGGGUGGAGCAGUUUUGUCAUCAGGUCUGGGCGGCUUCGAAUCGGGGAUCGGAGGCGGGGAACAAGCGGCCGUCAUCAGCGGCUGCGUGGGCGGCCUUUUCCUCGUCGUUAUCAUCAUCGGCACCUACUGCUACUGCAUCUCGUCGCCCUUCAAGAGGCGCCUCAACAGACGCCGCUCCCCGCCCCACGACGUCGAGAAAACGCCCCCGACGAGCCUCGUCAACGGCGGCAGCGUCACCGUCAAGACGACACCGAAGGCGGGCGGAGCCCCGAACCACGACCCCGAAUUACCGGUGCCUCCGCCCUCCACCCACCACCACCAGGAGGUUCAUGACACGCCCCAGCAGCAGCAGCAGCAGCAGCAGGUUCCUCCGAUGGACAACGGCCUCAACAUCUGUCAGGAGCAGGAGGCCCACCAGGCCUCUCUGCCCGAAUCCUUCGGCGUGGAUCCGAUCAACGUCCUCCCCCCGAGCAUGCGACGGGAAGAGAAGGAGCCGCCCGAGGGCCUGAGGGCGCUCUCCAUGUCCAUCCCCGACGUGACGCGGGUGGAGGGCAACCUGAAGGAGAUCGACCGCAUGACGAACGUGUCCGCCCCCCAGUUCUUCACCCUGGGGCGCCAUCACUCGAGGACGUCUUCAAACCCCCACCACCAGAGGGGUGGUCCACUUCGCGCGACCGAUCCCAAAAUGUAUAGUGCCAACGACCUCAGCUACCUGGAGAGGCCCUUCAGGUACGACCCGGGGAGCGUGACCCAGUACUACAACAUCAUCAGGUCCCGUCACGUCGCCCCGGACACGUAUAGCGACGGGUCGGACGACGCCGGCAUCGUUGACCAGCUGCUCUGCGACGACAGAGCCUCCACCCCCCCUCCGGCACCAGCGGACCACUCCCACGCCUACAGGAACUUUCACCGACAUUCCCUCGGGUUCAUGUAGGCUGUGCGAAACCUAAAACCUACUACAGGAAAGGAGUUUAAGACAUUACAAAUCUCUAUUUUUAUUCUGGGAAUUUUUAUCAUCACGGAAGAGUAAGGAAGGGAAUGAAGGAAUUCGUGCUCAUUAAAAGAAAAUAAAGGAAAAUGUGGAAUGACUCUUUUAGAGUUAUCGUUGCAUAAUUAGUCGACCGAAUAUAAAUACGAGAAACAAAUGAGUGAUUAAUAAACAGUGAUGAAAGACAAUCAACCAAAGGCGUAUAAUAAUUAGUAUGGAGUGGUACUCAAUCGAGGUUCUUUAAUCUAAGUAAAUGUAACAUACUUAUUCAUUACCGGAGUGAAAAUUUUACGUAGUUUUAAUUUUACGAAGUCAUCUAUUUUCGUCAAAUUAUGUUCCGACGAAAUUUUUACGAUACCUCAUACCAUUUAUUGAAUGAAGCAGCCAGAUAUUGGCCGGCAUAUUCAUGCAUAUUAAAACAACCUUUUUCAUAACACUGUAUGUACUGAAUGGAAUUCAUGACUUUCUUUUUUAUUAAGUUAAAAUUGCCGAAGUAUUACCUGACAUAAGUGAAUCUGGACAAAGCAUAUAUGUGU